UUUGUACCCAGUAAAAAUCAAAGUGAGCUGAUAUCAACGUGCGGCAGAUUUCACGUGACACUGCGGAGCAGACGACCGGGGGGACGUUAGUCAACAGUCACUUUUUUGAUCGGUUCUACAAGAUUAGGGACAGAAAGGCGUCAACAUGGCUGAAGGCUGCUGCGCCAAGUUCAUCAAGGUCAUCCUGAUCGGAUUCAACCUGAUUUUCUGGAUUAUCGGCGUGGCGUUCCUGGGAGUGGGGAUCUGGGCUCUGGUGGAUGACAGGAUGAAGAACGUGACGGAUCUGGACCUGGAGAUGUUCAACACCGUCACGUAUGUCGUCAUCGGGGUGGGCGCGGUCACCUUCGUCAUCGGCUUCCUGGGGUGUGUGGGCGCCUGGAGGGAGAACAAGUGCAUGCUCGUCAUGUACGCCAUCUUCCUGUUCGCGCUGUUCCUGGCCGAGGUCGCAGCCGGAGCAGUCGGGUUGAUCUGGAAGACAAAGGUUGCAGAGGAAAUGGACAAGGCAUUUGCCAACAUUCUGGACGACGGUACAAAACUGGACGAUACUUCGGCAGGCAUCCAAGAGGCCAUGAGCAACCUCCAGGGCCUGUUUAAGUGUUGCGGCAUCAACAACUACACAGACUGGGUGGACCGCAGCACGGGCAGUAAGGGGGGAACGUGCUCGUGUCAGGAGGAAUCAGACAAAACUGACUGUGAUAUGGACUCUUCCAACAACUGGGUGUACAAGGGCUGCCGGGUCAAGUUUGAGCCGUUUCUCAUCGACAUCGUCUAUCUCAUCGGGCUUGUCGUCCUCUGUCUCGGCUUCGUUCAGCUGAUCGGAUUCGCCUUCACGGUUUAUCUUCUGAGGAACCUGAGUAAGGACGGGGUUGUGUAGAGACAGGCUCCUCCCAACCAGCAACACUUUCAGUAGUAAGGCGACAGACAUACGCCACUAAACGUCUUAUGCAUGUACUAAUAAGCUGAGAAAUUUUAUAUCAAUCAAUCAACUUUAUUGCUCAACAACUGUAUCUUGUGCAAUGUAUGGCAAAGAAACAACAAUGGUACAUACAUUGUACACAAAAUACUAAAAUAUGAUUCUAACGAG